AUUUCGGAGUCGCACAGCACGGCUGCCAUUAAGCAGCAGCAGCAGCAGGAUGGUUCUCUGUGCACUGAGGAGACAUCUUCUGAAAAGCAGAAGUAGCUGUGGAGCCUGGGGCAGGCUGCUGCAGAGACAGAGCAGUGGCUGUGUUUACACCGACGUCCAUGGCUUCAACCAGGCGGAGAUCAGAGAGAAGCUCCUGGCUUUUCCUGGAGGCUCCAUUGACCUGCUCAAACAGGACUCUGGUGUAGCUGUGCUGACCAUCAACAACCCCUCCCGCAUGAAUGCCUUCUCUGGCAGUAUGAUGGUGGAACUGGAGGAACGGGUGAGCCAGCUGGAGAACUGGACGGAUGGCAAAGGCCUCAUUGUACAGGGCGCCUCUGAAACUUUCUGCUCUGGAUCAGACCUCAAUGCUGUCAGGGCGAUAUCUAACCCACAGGAUGGGAUGAAGAUGUGUAUGUUCAUGCAGAAUACUCUUACAAGGCUACUCAGGCUGCCGCUGAUCUCUGUUGCUCUGGUGGAGGGGAGAGCGCUGGGAGGAGGUGCAGAACUCACCACUGCCUGUGAUUUCAGAUUAAUGGCAUCUGACAGCGUGAUCCAGUUUGUCCAUAAACACAUGGGACUGGUCCCAGGCUGGGGCGGUGCCGCAAGACUUGUCCACAUUGUUGGAAGCCAGAAUGCACUACAGCUCCUUGGUGGCACUCUGAAAGUGGACCCCAAACUUGGCCUGCAGAUUGGACUGGCGGAUGGAGUCCUGGAGGCCCCCCAGGCAGAGGAGGGUGCAGAGCGUCCCUUACAGCAGGGUGAGAACUGGCUUAAUCGCUAUAUAAAAGGACCUGCCCCUGUGAUUCAGGCUGUGAAAAAGGUAGUGUUGUCAGGGAGAGAGCUCCCUCUGCUCGAGGCUCUAAGAACUGAGAAGGAUGUGUUUGGGACCGUGUGGGGUGGUCCUGCUAACUUACAGGCCCUGGCCAGUAAGUCCAAACACAAAUGAAAUGGUCAAAGUGUCUCUCUUUUGUGUCUUUAGACAUCAGCUAAGAUCCCAGUCCUGAUCAAAACUGUUUGUAAGAUGUGACACAGAGAACUGUUACAGCAUCUCUGGGGAGAGACUGACUCUUGAUUGACAUUACUCCUUUGACUUUUGAAAACUUUUCAUGCAUUAAGUUGAAGGUUGUGUCUAAAAUGUGGAAUGACUUUGCUGUGGGAAGGUAGAAACAGAUAAUAGUGUGGAAAAAUAAUAAUAAACCUUUUUUUUUAAAUUAUGA